AUGCAAUUCUCCCAGAUCCUAUUCCUCCUCUCGGUGGUUGGCAGUUCGCUGUCGCACCCGGGAGCGCACGAGGGGCACGACAUUGCGAAGCGCACCGCGUUCCUCGGCAACGCCAAGCGGUCCCUGGCGGACUGCUCCGAGCAGCUGAAAACGCGGGGGAUCGAGGCUGCGGCCAUUGCCCGUCGCCAGGCGCUGGCCGACUCGCUCCGCGAGAAGCGCGAGAUCAAGAAGAGGGCCGGAUACAACCGUGUCCGCCGCGAUGUCGACGACGUCUUGAACACAGAUCAUAAGUCGAGCUUGACCGGACUCACGGCGAGCAGUGAUCCGAGCGUCCUCUUCACUGGUGACCUGAAGUGUGUCCUCCAGCCGGAGGUUACCCAGGGCCCGUACUACGUCGAUGGUGAGCUCAUCCGCGCGGAUAUGCGCGAGGACCAGCCCGGUAUCGAUCUGUACGCCGACGUCCAGCUCAUUGACGUCAACACCUGCACGGUGAUGCCGAACGUCUACCUCGACUUCUGGCACUGCAACAGCACCGGAGUUUACUCCGGAGUCGUAGCCAGCGGCAACGGCAACAGCGGCGACGCCAGCAACAUCGACGCGACCUUCCUGCGCGGUUUGAUCAACACGGACGACUCCGGCGUCGCUCAGCUGACGACGAUCUUCCCUGGGCACUACACCGGGCGCGCAACACACGUGCACAUCCUGGCGACACAGGACGCCACGGUACAAGCAAACAACACCCUGACCGGCGGUACGGUCUCCCACGUCGGCCAGCUCUUCUUCGACCAGAGCUUGAUCGCGGAGGUCGACACGGUCGCGCCGUACACGGGCAACUCGCAGGCGCUCACGACGAACGCGCAGGAUAGCAUCCUCUCCCAGGAGGCGGCGUCCAUGGAUCCUGUCAUGGAGUAUGUCCUCCUUGGUGACGAUAUUGCCGAUGGACUCCUCGGUUGGAUCACCAUUGGUAUCGAUGCCACCGCUGAGUAUGAGGUCAGCUCUGCGUCUACGUUGACGGAGAAUGGAGGCGUUGCGAACGCCAACUCUGGUGCUGGUGGCCCCGGUGGUGCUGGUGGUCCCGGUGGUGCUCCUCCUUCUUAA